GAAAGACUCUCCACUUGUGGAAAAAAGUGAUCCUAAUUAAAGAUAUUACAAAUAAAAUUCAGUAAAGCAGCCUUUCUGUGCUGACUUUGAGAAUCAGCCCAGUGUGAUCUUUGGCCCUAGGCCUCCACACAUGCACAUCCGUGCACGUAGACACACACAUAGGCGGGGAUGAAGUCUGCCAAUCCUGGCAAAAAAAAAAAAAAAAAACUCUGACAGAUGACCGAGUCUCUGCCGUUGCAACAUCUGCAAGAGUCUCUGCAGUCAUUAAGCCCCUCGAGCUUUAAGGAAGAUGGCCUGACUGGAAAAUCACAAAGCGAGAAACGCGGAUAAAUUACUGUCUAAAAAUGGGAUGGAUAUCGACGUGUAUUCACCUCGCGCCACAGCUCAUCCACGGGAGGUUCAUAAGCUUCACUUGAAUCCAUGGGAGGAGCUCCGUGAAGCUGAAUCUGAUGAAUUGCUAGAAAGUUCACUCACGACGGGAGCGGGCAUUUGGAAUGUUUUCAUGUGAGCAAGUCGCAUCUCGUUCGCCUUGAUCACGUUUGUGUUUUUAUUUAAAAAUGACAAUUCAGAGUCUUUUCAAGGAGUUUACUUGAAGAUCUUUGAGAACUGGACAGAUGUGACCUUCGGGACGGAGACACUGGGUGCUGAAAUCCAGAUAACGCUGGUUUUAAUCCUCUGCUGUCAAACCUGAGCCGGAACAAUAAGAAUCCCCUCACCAUGGAGCAUUCACCGUCUAUGACCUCAUCAGGGGUAGGAGAGGAGGUAGAAGAGCACAGACCCCUCCUCCCACCUAGAAUGAUUGCUCCACCUCAAGCCUACUCACCUCAGUGUGGGAUACACCACACGGUCCAAACAUCCAUCGAUCACACUGUGUGGCUGGACAGAACCCAGGCCCUGGCGACGACACCUUUAUACAACGGUCACCUUUACGUCACGGCUACGCCUCGGCCCACCAGGAGGAGGGAGAAAACUAAAAGCAAAGAGAAAAAGUGUGAGAAAAGGUCAGGGGAAUGCAGACAAAACCCAGCGCACCGGGAGCGAAAUCACCAGUGCAAAGCCAAAAGCGCAGGCUCAAACAAACUCCAGGAGAAGGUCACGUCGUUCACCGACGUUCCCAUUUCUCCAUGUGGAUCUCCGUUUGAGGGUCCCAGCAGGCCAGACGUAGAAGUGAGGGAUGUUGAUUGCCGAGGUUAUCGCAAAACGGGUCAUGUUUCAUUAGAGAUGCGCGAUCGCCAGAGUCUGCCUGAAAUAAUCAUCACCAGCAAGGAUGACGACGUCCAACCACAAAACACGGCUUCCCAGUAUCAUCAGCAUCCAGGGGAAGCCAAAGGCCCGCUCCCUGGACUUGAACGCAUCAGGAGGAACCGCAGUCCCAGUCCCAGUCCUCAGCACAGCCCAAAACGCAAGGAGGAUGCCAACAUGGACCCCUACUGGAGGACGCACAACAUUGGGUGGCGGCUGGUCCACAGGAGGGCUCUGUUUCUGAGGAGGCAGCGGAUGAACGACAGCGCUCUGGCGGUGGGGAUAUUUGGAGUGGUCAUGAUGGUCAUGGAGACAGAGCUAUCCUGGAGCAUCUACAGCAAGAGCUCCAUUUACUCCCUGACAGUAAAGUCCAUCAUCAGUGUGUCUACACUCAUCUUGCUGGGCCUCAUCGUGGCGUACCACUGCUGUGAAGUGCAGUUAUAUGUUCAUGACAUUGGUGCAGAGGAUUGGCGAAUUGCCAUGACAACUGACCGCAUAGCUCUGAUUGCCCUGGAGCUAGCAGUGGCGGCCAUUCAUCCUUAUCCGGUGGGGCUCCAGGCAUAUUUUCAAAAGACCACAACAAGAACGACGCUCUCAGAAACAGAGCUGGAGGUCAUGUUGGCUCUGCCCAUGUUUCUAAGGCUCUACCUGCUGGGUCGGGCCAUGAUGCUGCACAGCCGCCUCUUCACCGACACCGCCUCCCGAAGCAUCGGAGCGCUCAAUAAGAUCCACUUCAACACGCGGUUUGUGGGGAAAACAUUGAUGACUACCUACCCUGGGACUGUGCUGAUGAUUUUCAGUGUUUCUUUGUGGAUUGUGGCAGCGUGGGGCUUACAUGUGUGUGAGAGACAUCACAACUACAGAGACUUGAGUAGCAACUACAUGGAGGCCUUGUGGAUGGUCUCUGUCACCUUCCUGUCUAUUGGCUACGGAGAUGUGGUUCCUCACACCUACUGUGGUCGCAGCAUCUGCCUCCUGACGGGGAUAAUGGGAGCUGGGUGCACGGUCCUUGUAGUGGCGGUGGUUGCCAGGAAGUUGGAGUUAACCAGGGCCGAGAAGCACGUUCACAAUUUCAUGAUGGACUCCCACAUCUCUAAAAGGAUAAAAAUUGCUGCUGCAAAUGUGCUGAGAGAGACUUGGCUCAUAUACAAGCACACCAAGCUGUCAAGAGAAAGAGACCACACCAGAGUCCGCAUGCACCAGAGGAAGCUGCUUCUGGCCAUUCACCAGCUGCGAAGAGUGAAGAUGGAGAAGAGGAUACUUGCAGAUCAAAGCAACACACUUGUAGACCUAGGCAAGAUGCAGAACUUGAUGUACGACGUGCUGACGGAGGUGCAGGGCUGCAGGGGGGAGUUGGACACGCACAUCCACAGCCUGGAGAAGCACGUGGAAGAGCUGAGGGAGGGCUUCAGGAGUCUGAUGCCUCUCCUCUCCAGCACCUUGUCCACACAGAACUCCUCCAUCCGCCACCUCCUCAGGGAGAGGGAGGUGAAGACGGAGUGUGCCAGUGCGAGCGGAGCAGACAGAUAGGUGCUCAGGAAGGAGUUUCCUACUUGUGCUCACAAUCAAGAUGGGACAGUUUAUUUUUAUUAAGGCCAUGUAAACAUUUCUGUAAAACUGUAAUUAAACAGGUAAACCCGUUUUCUGUAGCAGAAACUGUAGAACAAUAGUUCCAAUGCUCUUAAGGCUUCUCUCCUGCAAGAAAAUUACUUUUAACAGCUGAAAUCACAAUUUGAUGACAUAUUAAGGAGUAAUUAGCAUAAAUUGGUUUGAAUUAAAACAUCUGAGGAAACCUCUAAUCUGAAGAGUAGCUUUGUUUGCAGUGUGUUUAACAGAGGAGCUUUAAAUGUAAACACUGAACCUGUGACAAAUAUGUAAAGUUUGUGUAAAAAAAAAAGAAAGAAAAUGCAACACUCUGUAAAGACUGCUGCCUUGUUAUUUAACGUGUGAUAGCAAAAUGCUUUAAUAAAUCAAUAAAAAGACAGGAAACCAUUUCUUUAACCAAAACAUUUUAUUUAGAGAGACGGGGUUGGAGGGUGGAGUUACAGCAACAACCAGUCUAACAUGAACAGUUCAUGUCCAGUUGAGUCAACCGGUCUCGUUUCAAAUCUGACCGCAGGCUCUGCCGUCGUCUCAAAGGCAGGAGACGCUGAUAUCAACCGGUCCAUUCCCCUCUCCCCCUUCAGCUUCUAGGACAACAACUAGUGCUGCUUCCUCCUGAAUGAGCACCCUGCCAGAGAAAACAAUCACAGUCAGCUGCUGACAAGAGAAACAUCAGUGUACAGGGAAACUGCUGAGUGAGCACACGACUAUUGUGUAACAGGUGAGACAAGCGUUUCAUUUUAGCGUAGCAGAGAAAUCAAACUACGCAGCACGACUAACACAUAUGUUCUCAGCAUUCGAAAGGGGGGAGCCAGUGAUCUAGCUCAACCCUUCUGCAAACUGAGGUUGAUCUGGCACCGGAAUGAGAUUGGAAGACCACGAGACAGGAAAUCCAGUCACUAAGCGGUGCUGCCAGAUAGAUCAGAACGUGGCAAGUAUUACAUCCCAUCAACCCUUAAAACGUCAUCGCCUGCUACCUGAUUCAUUACCUUCCAACGAAAACAUUAAAUCAGGUUUAAAGAGGAACUCUGCACAAACAUGGCUCCGCACCCCGGAUGCAGACGGAAUACUGACCCUCUGUGAGACGUGCUUUGCCGCCAGUGGGCUGACACAGGACUGUGGAGCAGCCAACGCACAGCACCACUGUCUGAGCGUGGCUGAACACCGUCGUGAUCUUGUAGCAUCCUGCAAACCAACACAACUGUCAGCAACUGGAUGAAAUUCAUCUGCUUUUUUGAAAAAAUAAAAAAACACUCAAAUUAACUGUACCUGGACAUUUCACAUCCAUGAAGUAGGAGUUGGGACUCUGGACGAGACGUUUCUUCUUGUGCCUCCUCUUUUCCUCCUCGGGAGAUGGGUGCAACAAG